AGCGGGGCGGCUGCGGCCCGCGCGGCCCCGGCGCGCGCGCGUGCCGCGGUGUGCAUUUCCGUGCUCCGAUGGCGGCGGGGACGGCGGGCGCUGCCGCCGGCACGAAGCGGGCUAGCACCCGCGUGCGGGGGGCCCUCGAGCGGUGCGGCUUCCCAGCGUUCGUCGGUGCCGCCGCGGAGACCGCGCCGUGCGGCGCGGGCGCCGAGGCGCCGGUGCAGUGCGGCGCCUGCCUGUUGGACGUGGACCCCGCGGCCGACGCGGACGCCGAGGGAGAGCUUCUGGCGGUGCUCGACUGCUGUGCGCCGAGGCACCGAUUCCACGUGGGCUGCAUCUUCACCUGGGCUGAGAAGGAGAACUCGUGCCCGCAGUGCAAGCUCCGCUUCUCCCGCAUCGCGGUGUACGGCCGUGAUGGGGCGCUGACCAGGGUGUCGACGGUGCAGGAGCGCGACCAGGGCGACGACGAGAGCUCGGGCGAGGAGCAGGUGUGCCCCGCCUGCGGCGAGCCCGGGAACGAGGACGCCUUGCUGCUCUGUGACGGGCGCGAGGGGCGGUGCAACGCCGCGUACCACUACUACUGCGUGGGGCUCCGGCGGGUGCCCGAGGGUGACUGGCUCUGCCCCGCCUGCGCGCCCGCGCCGGGCGCGGCGCGGGGGCGCCGCUGCCGCGCGGCCCCGCCGCGCGCCCCCGCGGCCGACGGCCGCGGCGCGGGCGGCUCCUCGCCGAGCUCGCCGCCGGCGCGGCCGCCCCGCGCCGCCGCCUCGCCGAGGUCGGCAGAGGUGGCGGCGUCCUCGCGCGCGCCGCCGUCGCCGCCCAGCGCCGCCUCGCCGAGGUCGCCGCCAGCGGCGGCGUCCUUGCGCGCGCUGUCGUCGCUCAGCGCCGCCUCGCCGAGCCCGCCGGCGGCGGCGGCGGCGUUCUCGCGCGCGCUGUCGGCGCCGCGAGCGGCCGCCCCAGGCGCCGCGAGCGGCGCGGGCGGCUGCUUCCGGUCGGUGAAGAGGGAGCCCGUG